AGAAUGCCCGGACACCCUAUUCUGUCCCCUCCUGAUCUAUCUACGGAGAAGUGGAAUUUUCUAUCUUUAGAUCAGGAAAUCGAGAGAACGGGGAAAAAGAAGACUUUUCGAGCAGUCAUUCGUCAGAUUGUUACAUCAAAGAAGCUUAGCUAUGGAAUAGUGGCAACACUUAAGGGAAAGCUUUUACUAAAAACAGAUCUUCCGAGAGAGCUGACUGAACAAGUUGGACAAGUUCUAGAUUGGAGUUUACCUGAACCUAAACAGAGUAUAUUUGAUCUAGAACUUAUAAAACGAGAACAAGCUGAUAAGGAGGGAAAAAAUGAAGAAAAAAGAAAAAGAGAGAAUCGCAAGAAGAACAAACAAACUAAAACUGAAAACAAUGAAAAACUGGAAAAAGAUUUAUCCCCUGGAAAUGGCGGGAAGGAAAGAAGAAAAGAUAACGCGGAAACAAACGAGGAAAAUAUUGAAAUAGAAAAGGAUGGAAAAGGAGAGAAAGAUGAUAAAAAGAAGAAUUUAAAGAUUAUCUUGAAGAAAGAGACUCCGGAAGCAGAACCCAAAAACCAGGAAGGAAUUAGAAGUACAGAAGAGAUCAGUUCUAAUGAGAACAUGGAAAACAGACCUAAACUAAAACAUAAAGAAGAAACAACAUUGAGAGAGAAUUUGUAUCAAGAUUUCUUAUCUAAGGUGGAAGGUGUAGCGGUAGCUGGAGAUGAACAUGAAUCAGAUAAACUUAUGUCUGGUCUUAGGUAA